AUGGAUAGAGUUAACAACACUCAAAAUUGUCUUGACUUCAAGGUCAAGGUUGAGCCUGAGGCAUUUGAAUAUGUUAGAGAAAAGUUUGCCCCACCUUCAAAUCCAGUCUUCAUGCUUGGCCCCUCAAUUUUUGCAGCAUAUGCUGGUCAAGCAUACACAAAGAUUGGUAGCUCUGAGCUUAAUUCUGUCAAUAUCUGGCCAGUUUAUUGUGAAAUAAGUGGAGGUCUUUACGCUGCCACUGCUUAUCCGAGCAGACUCUGGCCGGACUCCGUCGGACUGAGGGUAUUCAGAACAGACAUUUUUUCUGCUUUGCAACUACAGCAAUUUUCCGGUGAAUGUCUGAAGCUUUUCCGAGCAUUUCUGGUUGGACCUCUAAGUCUGUUGGACUUUUCCAAUGGACUUCCGAUGGACUAA